CUCAUUAACAUUGGCUACGUACAUACAGCAGCGCCAGGAGACGCAGAACCAGUAGCAGGGAGGGCAACGCAAAAGGCAAAACAGAAUCCAGAAAAAAAUGUGUCGCUCGUAACGUCGUGCUUGGAUUUCGCUUGGAAGAAACGACCCGAAGCAUGUGCAUAACACAAUCCUUGACGUUACUCUUUGAGACCCUGAUGCACUAGGACUCUGCACCAAACAUAAAGCAUGAUUGAAGGUAGCGGGAGAAGUGGUGAUACCAUGGCAGAGAGAAGACAGCUGUUUGCAGAGAUGCGGGCUCAAGACUUGGAUCGUAUUCGGCUAUCGACCUACAGAACUGCCUGCAAACUCAGAUUCGUUCAGAAGAAAUGCAAUCUACACCUGGUGGACAUCUGGAACGUCAUCGAGGCAUUCCGGGAGAAUGGUCUCAACACCAUGGACCUCAACACCGAGUUCUCUGUGACUCGUCUGGAAGCAAUACUGUCCACAAUCUUCUACCAGCUGAACAAGCGCAUGCCCACCACCCACCAGAUCAAUGUGGAGCAGUCCAUCAGCCUACUGCUCAACUUCUUACUGGCAGCCUACGAUCCGGAGGGCCUCGGCAAAAUUUCAGUCUUUGUUGUGAAGAUGGCCCUGGCGACAAUUUGCGGAGGAAAGAUUUUAGACAAGUUAAGAUAUAUUUUUUCACAGAUAUCAGACUCCAGUGGUAUAAUGAUUUACUCCAAAUUUGACCAAUUCUUGAGGGAAGUUCUGAAACUGCCAACAACCGUUUUUGAGGGUCCUUCUUUUGGUUAUACUGAACAAGUCACAAGGUCUUGUUUUGCACAGCAGAAAAAGGUCACUCUCAACACCUUCCUGGACACACUCAUGUCUGACCCCCCUCCUCAGUGUCUGGUCUGGUUGCCACUGAUGCACAGACUGGCCAACGUAGAGAAUGUCUUUCACCCGGUCGAGUGCUCCUUCUGCCGCACUGAGAGCAUGAUGGGAUUUCGGUACCGCUGCCAGCAGUGUCAUAAUUACCAGCUUUGUCAGGACUGUUUCUGGAGGGGACAUGCCAGUGGUUCCCAUAGCAACCAGCACCAAAUGAAGGAGUACACAUCAUGGAAAUCUCCUGCUAAGAAGUUAACUAAUGCACUUAGCAAGUCUCUCAGCUGUGCGUCCACUCGAGAACCUCUGCACCCCAUGUUUCCUGAGCAGCCUGAGAAACCUCUAAACCUUGCCCACAUUGUUGAUACUUGGCCUCCCAGACCGGUGAACAGCAUGAAUGACUCCAUGUUUUCUCACUCCGUGCCCAGCUCAGGAAGCCCUUUCACAAACAAAAGCUUGCCUAACACCAAGGGUAACGAAGUCGAGCAGAGCAAACUCUUGGCUAGGGCUGCUCCGACUCUGUUGAAAGGGAAGGGGUUAAACUACAGCCUUGAUGUUGCGGAUAGACUCGCUGAUGAACAUGUUCUCAUCGGGCUGUAUGUCAAUCUACUGCACAACAACCCCACACGCAUGCUGGAGAGCAGCAGCCGUCUGGACGAGGAGCACCGUCUCAUCGCCCGCUACGCCGCCAGGCUGGCCGCCGACGCCGCGUCCGUGCAACAAUCUCAACAGCAGAGGGCAACGUCAGACAUCGCCCUCUCCCUUGACGCAAACAAACAGCAGAGGCAGCUUAUUGCAGAGCUAGAAAACAAAAACAGGGAGAUACUGCAGGAGAUUCAGCGCCUGCGUCUGGAGCAUGAGCAGGCCUCCCAGCUGCCUGCAGACAAGACCCAGCAGAACCCCACCCUGCUGGCUGAGCUUCGACUUCUCAGGCAACGUAAGGACGAGCUGGAGCAACGGAUGUCGGCACUGCAGGAGAGUCGCAGAGAGCUGAUGGUACAGCUGGAGGGGCUCAUGAAACUGCUGAAGGAAGAAGAACUGAAGCAAGCUACGCAGGGGGCGGGCUCCCCCCGUUCCUCGCCCAGCCACACCAUCAGCCGGCCCAUCCCCAUGCCCAUCCGCUCGGGGUCCGCCUGCACCACGCCCACCCACACACCUCAGGACUCGCUCACUGGCGUGGGAGGCGACGUCCAGGAGGCUUUCGCUCUGGGCUCCCGGAGGAACUUGAGGAACGACUUGCUGGUGGCGGCGGAUUCCAUCACAAACACCAUGUCAUCGCUCGUCAAGGAGCUCAAUUCAGAGGCUGGCAGUGAGACAGAGAGUAACGUGGACUCGGACUUCGGCCGCCCUCAGUUCGAUGACUUGGUCCCUUCGCCCACCUCGGAGAAGGCCUUCCUUGCACAGAUCCACGCCAGAAAACCAGGGUAUCACCAGAGCGGCAUGGCGUCGGGAAGCGUCCACACGGACAUGACGGACGACGAGAGCUACGAGAACGAUUCGGUGCGGCAGCUAGAGAACGAGCUGAAGAUGGAGGAGUUCCUGAAACAGAGCCAGCCAGAGAAAACCUACAUGGUGACUUUGCAGGAAUGAGUGUAUUCCAUCUGUUUCCAGGUGAGCCACAUCCAGACCAGAGAAGAGGGCUACAGCAUGUGAGGACAGAAGAAUAGGACAGCAGCAUCCAUACAGAGACGGAGGCGGGGCCGUUUGCCCGUUCCUACGAAUGGAGGAAACGUGUGUGGUGUCUGUGGCGAGGCCCACAACAAGAGCACUGGAACUACUUCCAAAAGAUUGUAGUUAGUUAUGCGUUUAUAUAUUAUAUAAUGCAUAUAUAUAUAUAUAUA